GAUCCCGGGAGGCGUGAGGACCGCGGGAUGGAGCCUGGGUCGGGCGCUCGGGGCCCGCAGCUCCGGUCCCGUCGCGCUUUCGUCCCUUCUGGGUGACCUCAACCCCUUUAUACCGACCCCACCUCUCCGGCGCCGCGAGUACCGCCCCGUGGGGGAGGGGAAGAGGCGGCGACACCGAGCGCGCGGAUUGGGCCCUCGCGGCCGCCGUAGUCCACCCGCGGAAACGCCGGGCGGAGGGGGACGCCGAGGCCGAGAGGUCCCAGCUUUCGCCGCCGGCGGACAUCAGUGAGCGGGGUCGCGGGCUGUCCGCGGAGCCGCCGCCGUCAUGGCCGACUACUGGAAGUCACAACCAAAGAAAUUCUGUGAUUACUGCAAGUGCUGGAUAGCAGACAAUAGGCCUAGUGUUGAGUUUCAUGAAAGAGGAAAGAAUCACAAGGAAAAUGUGGCCAGGAGGAUCAGUGAGAUUAAACAGAAAAGCUUGGAUAAGGCAAAGGAAGAAGAAAAGGCAUCCAAGGAGUUUGCUGCCAUGGAGGCAGCCGCCCUGAAGGCAUACCAAGAGGAUCUGAAAAGGCUUGGCCUACCGUCAGGUACAUCAGUGGGCGCACUUUACAGCCCGUGCUCAGUGCCCUUUUACGCUUCCACAUGGGAGCUCUGCACUCAGAAUAGUCCAGUGCUCUUAGGAUGUAUCAUAGUCCUAUUAAGAAUGUGGACUUUUAAGUACUUUGGUGCUGCAUCUCAAUGGGAGAAGCCAGAAGGAUUUCAAGGGAAUUUGAAAAAGACUGCAGCAAAGACCAUUUGGGUAGAAGGUUUAAGUGAAGAUGGUUACACCUAUUAUUAUAAUACAGAAACAGGAGAAUCCAAAUGGGAAAAGCCUGAUGAUUUCAUUCCACAUGGUGGGGAUGUGCUUUCUAGUAAGGACAGUGAAAAGUUACCUGACACCCUAGAAGACUCCAAAUCAUCCGAUUCUCACAGCGAUUCUGAAGGGGAACAAAAGAAAGUGGGAGAGGCUUCUACAGAAACGAAGAAGCUAGUCAUCAAGUUUAAGGAAAAAAAUAAAAGUACUGAGAAAAGAGUUGGCCCAGAAAUACAAAAAGAAAAAAGUACUCCAAAACAGAAUACGUCAAAUACAAAUGAAGAAAAACCCAAAACUCUUAAGAAAUCGACGAACCCUUAUGGGGAAUGGCAAGAAAUUAAACAGGAGACUGAGUGUCAAGAAGAAGUCGAUUUGCAACUUCCAAGCACUGAAGGUGAAUGUCUAUCAACUUCAGAAGCUGGCGUUGGGGAAAUCAAAGUGGUAUUUAAAGAGAAAACAGUUUCUUCUCUGGGAGUUGCAGCAGAUGGAGUGGCCCCCGUCUUCAAAAAGAGAAGACUUGAAAAUGGAAAAUCUCGAAACUUAAGACAGCGAGGUGACGACGAGUGACUGUGAAGCUGUGGACGGGAGGCGUGUCCUUCCCAAGCUGCUCUGUGCUCUGUGAAGCUGUGGACAGGAGGCGUGUCCUUUCCAAGCUCCUGUGCUUUGAAUACUGUAGUGCUGCAUUUUACAUUUAUGCUAAAUAUAUUUUAUGUGAAUCAAAAUAAAUCUUUUUUCAUGUGAAAUUUAUUUUUCCUUAAGUGGUAGCCUACCACAUUGCAUUGUAAUACAGUGUAUUAUGUUCAAUGUCUAAAAUUGCUAAUUAUAUAAUAAUUUAAGAUGCUAUGUAUCUGUUAUUUAAAACAUGGGGAAGUCCUUUGCUCUGUUCUUACUUAUAAACAUUUAUUCUGCAUUGAAAAUGCAUUAUUUCCAUACACUGAAAUUAACUUGUUACCUGAGAAGUAAGAAAUCAGACACAGAUGUGCGCAGCCCCAAGACCGUGUGGUUUGACAGUCUUUUCUAAAGCCUGGAUGUAGAGAACUGCAGAUCGUCCUGUCUUACUCCGUUUAGGACCGAAGACCAGAAGGAUGCACUUGAGUACUGAAGUGCAGAGUGACAGCUGGACCAAGGGUUGAAACCUGUGCUUGCCCCAGGUCAGCUUUUAGCUGUAGUGUCUUACAACCAUUUUAACAUGGGGCCAAGCCUUGGGGGACUAGAGAUAGGAGGGCAGCCUCUGCCCUGACAUUGGUUACAUUCUGGCAUAGCCCUUUCCCAGUCUGGUGUCCUUUUCAUAGCCCUGGAUCCAUUGGAAGGUUACCUAAGGUAACCUCAAAAGGCUUGAACUGAAAGAUUGCAUUGUCCACUUAGAUGUUCCCCAUUUCUUCAAGUAGAAGUUUCAUAUUCUAUUUGAAGUACUUCCCUUUAUUACUUUUGAAUAUUUUUAAUCAUUUUUUCUUAAGUUGUACAGUUGUACCUUUUGGUAGCAAAUAUGUCUUUUUACAAUUGUUAGUGUACAUGUAAGAAUAGCUUAUUAAAAACCAUAAAGUAAUUAUUGGGGUCUCUUUUUCUUCUAAUAUGCAUCAAAGUUACCUUAACAUUGACAAAACAGUAUUUGAAGAUUAGUCUUGACAAUCACUCAGACUGAAACUCUGCAUUUGGAGCAAUUUUAAUUUUUGUUAAGAGUUUUGCUGUGUUGCCCUUGAGGACUAACCUUAAGUCCAGAUCCUCUGGCCUAAGAGUACUCAAGAACGCUGGAAUUAGGGGCUGGUGAGCUGGCUCAGCAGG